UUUUGCACAAAGCGCUCCAAUAUGACCCCACAGUCGAUAGAUUAUCAUGGUGUGGACUCUCUAUGUCAGGUAUGCCAGAAAAUAUCAUUGGAUGAGCUUGAUUCCGCACAAGGCUUUCGUCACCACCAAGUCGGCGCACUUCAGAACGAGGCUAAAAAUCCUAAUGGUUACCCUCUGCAAAAAUCUCUACAGCAUCUUAGCCCAAAAUUACAAUUACCAAAUUCCUACCCUCGAAGGAUUUGAUCCUAGCCCAGAAUGGGACGGGAAACAAUUGAGGCUCUUUUUAGAACCCAAUGGAAUUUUGCAGAAGCUGGCACAGGGGACAAAUGAUCUUAUGAGAAGUAUCGUUGUUAGACUUGGGACAGUUGAUGAUUGCGCUUUGGACGGGUAUACAAGGAAGCCGGAAUAUUUAAUUUUUCUCCGUAUCUGCACUUUCAAUGAUGACCCUGCAUCAAAGUUCUUCGGCCACAGACAGCCUUGGAAAUCAGCCAGCAGCGAUGUUGCUUUUGCCCUCAUCAAGGAAUGGCUACGAGACUGUGACUCAAACCAUACACUUUGCAAGACCCCAGCGAGGGAUUUCUUCCCUAGAAGACUGAUUGAUGUUGGUCCUAUCGAUGGAUCUGCUGAGCCCUUUCUGAUUGAGCUGGACAACGGUGCGCUGGCUUCGUCACCAAAUCGAGCUUCAGAGUCUGCACUCGAAUACUUUGCAUUAAGCUAUUGUUGGGGAUCAUCUCAACAACUGGUUACGACUCCUUCGAACAUAGCACGAUAUAAAACCUCAUUGCCGCUAAGCCAAUUUCCUGCAACAAUCAAAGACGCAGUCACCGUGACGCGCCAAUUGGGUGUCCGCUAUCUUUGGGUUGAUGCUUUAUGUAUUCUCCAAGGUUCGAGUCUCGAGGCUCAACAGGAUUGGCGAAGGGAAUCCUCUCGAAUGUCCAGUAUUUAUGGCAGUGCGUCACUGGUCAUAGCAGCAGCGUCGGCUUCUGAUGUAUCUCAGGGGUUUCUUGCAGACCGAAGAUCCUAUGAUGCACACACCGCACCACUCAAAUUGCCUUUCAAAUCAAGUAUACUUCCUGAUGAUUCGGGGUCUUUUUUCAUUCAUCCAUUUCUAGAAGAACCAGCAGGCUUUGGGUACUGGAGUCCCUUUCCCAACGACCCACUAUCAAGACGUGGGUGGGCUCUUCAGGAAAGACUUCUAUCUACCCGCUUGCUCACGUAUAAAGCUGACGAUAUAACCUGGGAAUGCCAGACCUGUCGAAGGAGGGAGAAAGUUGCCGAACAAGUUGAUUAUUGCAAAGCACCAAAUGGGUCUGAUGAAAGAUUCUGGAGACUUUCUAAAAUUAGAGCGAUCACUUCCCUCGAGUGGUGUGAUAUCGUGCGAGACUAUUCGUCUAGAUCUAUAACUGUCGCGAGCGACAAGCUGCCUGCAGUCUCUGGUUUGGCGAGAUUGUGUAGCAAAACAACCAGCGAUGAAUAUGUUGCCGGGUUGUGGAAAUCAGAUUUACUUGCCAGUCUUCUCUGGUACACUAUAACAUGGAGUGGAAGCCAAUUCUCGGCAUCCAGCGUCUAUCGUGCGCCAUCCUGGUCAUGGGCAUCUCUUGAUGCCGAAGUUAAUAUGCGACCCACAAGAAAACCUGCUGCAAAUAAAGUCAAGCUCAGCGACCAAACAUCGAAAGGUGAUUUGACCGAGAUACUAGAGUGUGUGGCAGUCCCAAGUGGUGAAAGCGAAUUUGGGGGUAUCAAAGAUGGCUGGAUCUUGGCUAGAGGUCCACUCAGACAAGUUCGUCUAUCAUUGACUCCCGCGUCUGAUCACGGGAGACCGUAUUCAGAGUUCAGCUUGACAGAUAUGGCAACUAAGGAAUGGGCAAAGGAUCCCAAAAUCGAUCUGAUGCAUAAGGAGAGUGCCUCGAGCAGUAAUGUUUCAGAACUGUCAAAAGAUCUGUGGUGCUUAGCUCUCACAAAUUUGCACGACGACGAGGGGGAGCGAGGACUCCUCUUGACGCAUGCUCGGGAUGGCUCUUCAGACUACAAAAGAGUUGGCGUUUUUACCAAUCGACGUCGUCACGGGGAUGACCUUAAUUUCAAGGUCGGACAGUGGGAGAGACAGACAAUCAAGAUCAUUUGAUACUGUUCUCUUUCAAAGCCUCGAAAGUGUGAGGCAUCGAUUUCCUGUCCCUGAUACCAUUUCGCUGGUAGAGACCGUCUGCCGUGGACCACAUUUACAGCAAUCGACCAAGAUCUGUACUUCAAUGCGGUAAUGAUUAUCGGGCCUGUGUUGCGAAAGGCGUGGAAAACAGUGAUGAUGUAUCUCAAGUUGAGCAUGUGGUCGUUGAAAUGAAGUAGGGGUUGACGCUGGUUCUUUGUGUCAACUGAGAUAUAUCGUUCGCAGUUUGUACGGCUACAAGACCGCCCUACGAAAGUUGUUUCAUUAUAUCAAGUCGAUCAGCGAUAUAUCAGCAGCUCGUGCCAUUUGAACUGCCACUUGUCAAGGACUUCAGGGUGGUUGUGUCAGAUGCCAUGCCUUCCGUAUACCAGUACCA